CUCGUCCCCCCACCCGCUGAGCACCCGCUGAUUGCAGCUGCCUCUGCUUCGCACUCUUCCUCGCUUCCUCUUCCUCACGACUCCGUCUGCAGUCGCGACAAGCCGCGAACAGCAGCACGCCUCCGCUGCCUCGUGCACCUCGCUCCACUCCUCCAACUCCGCCGCUGUGCUCGAGCCUCAGCAGCUCGUGAAGCUCUCAUCUGCGUCUGGCUUGCGCCUCAUCUCCACUUGCCAGCACACCGCGUCGAGCUCGCUCCAACAUGUCCACGCCCUCCAAGCGUCGCCUGAUCCGCGACUUCAAGCGUCUCUCCACCGACCCGCCGGGCGGCAUCUCGGGCGCGCCGUGCGCCGACAACCUGCUCAUCUGGAACGCCGUCAUCUUCGGGCCCGCCGAGACGCCGUUCGAGGACGGCACCUUCAAGCUCGUGCUGACGUUCGACGAGGCCUACCCCAACAAGCCGCCCAGCGUCAAGUUCCUCAGCCGCAUGUUCCACCCCAACGUCUACGCCAACGGCGAGCUCUGCCUCGACAUCCUGCAGAACCGCUGGAGCCCGACGUACGACGUCGCCGCCAUCCUCACGAGCAUCCAGAGCCUGCUGCACGACCCCAACCCGAACAGCCCUGCGAACGCCGAGGCCGCCCAGCUCUACCGCGAGAACAUGAAGGAGUACGUGCGGCGCGUCAAGGCCACUGUCGAGGCUUCGUGGCUCGACGAGGGCGAGGGUGCGGGCCUCGAGGCCGUCGCUGAGGAGGGCGCCGCGCCGGCCGCAGGCGCUGCGCAGGGAGAGAACGCUGCGGCGGCUGGGCAAGCGACGGCAUAGACCAGUCGAGUUGUGCGUGCCUUCACCGUCCCUCACGAGCAAGCUCGCUGUCGGCGUCGUCUCGACCGCUCACGGCGCCGCUUCAUCCCUUCACAAGUCUCUUUCCACCGUCGCGCGCACCACCUCCCUCCUCUCAUCUACCUUCACGAUCCUGCACCCUGCUCGUCUCUCGCUCCAAGCACUAUUCCUCGACGCCAUGUAUCUCAGCCUUGUUCCUCCAUCAGAUUCGGCACCCCAGCGCUCAUCUUCCGCGCCACCUUCCUCUCUGACCUCAACACCACCUUCCACCCUCUUCCCCAGCCUCGAUCGUUCCAGCCCUCUCAGUCCUUGCUUCCACGCGUCUACCACUGUUCCUGCAUCGAAUCUCUAGUCAUCAAGCACUGCGCUG